AUGAAGCUCGCUCCGAUGGCCCUUCUCGCCGCCCUGGCGACGGCGGCCGCGGCGGCGCCCAUGUGGCGCGCCUUCCAGGUCCCCUCGCCCCGCGGCACCGACUUUGACGCCGGCUUUGACAUCUCGGCCGUCGUCGAGCAGGCCAAGCGCCUCGCCAGCCACAGCUGGGAGUACGGCACCCUGGCCGAAGCCCUGCUCGAGCUGUACAACCCCGAGUAUGCCGUCUACUACCGCGAGGCCUUUCCCGACGGCGCGGUGCCCACGCCCUCGCCGAGGAUCCCCGCGCUGAGCUACGCCUCGCAAAAGUUCAACUUCGCCGAGGGCACCCUCUCGCCGGGCGACGGCGCCAAUGGCGACCCGGCCUCGCUCGGCGUCAGCGCCAUCCUCCUCAGCCCGACCAACGACACGGUGAAGCAGGCGGCCAGCAAGCAGCUCGAGCACCUCUUUGCUGCGCCCCGGUUCUACAACGGCGCCAUCAGCCAGCGCGAUGCCGUCCCCGAGCUCUGGGCCGACGGAAUGUCGAUGAUCCAACCGUUCAUGGCCUACUACGGCGCAUCGACCAACAAUGCGUCGAUGAUCAAGGACGCAGGCCGGCAGGAGCUCCUGUACCGCGACGUGCUCAUUGCCAACACGACGGAGCCCUGGAAGGGCCUGCUGACGCACAUCGUCGGUCCCCAGGCCCAGACGCUUGGUAUCUGGGCCACGGGCAACGGCUGGGCCGCCCUGGGCAUGGCGCGCGUCCUGGCCACGCUGAAGCACUACGCGCCCACCAAGUCGAGCUCCAAGAAGCUGCAGUGCGAAAUCAAGGAUGCGAUGCUGGCCAUCUUCCGGGGCCUCAAGGCGGUCCAGACGGAGCCCACGACGGGCCUCUGGCGCAACUACCUCGUGGGUGGGCCCCAAUCGCAGAAUCAGACGGGCCAGAGCUGGUUUGGCGAUGCCUCGGGCUCGGCCGCCCUCGUCGCGGGCGCACUUCGCCUCGCCGUGCUGGAGCCCGACACGUGCUGGGAGCUGUAUGAGUCGACAAAGGACGUGCGCGAUGCCGUUGUCAGGUCCGUCGAUCCCAACACGGGCAUCGCCAAGCCCACGGUGAAUCCGCUCGACUGGUACACGACCGAGGCCUACACCAAGGGCAGCCCCGAGGGACAGGCGUUUGUCAUCAACAUGUACGCUGCCUGGCGGGACUGCGUCAAGCACAGCUGCUGCCCCAAGAACGAUGCUCCUUCCUCAAUGUACACUUCUUAG